CAGGCCCAGGUCGGGGCGAGAGGCUCCUGCGCGAGGCCGGGGGCUCAGUCCUUAAGGUAGCGGGAGCCCAUCGGAGGAUCGGCUGGGACACCAUCAGAGUUUGAAUUAUUCCUAUUAUUUAUUAGCUGUUUUAUAAAGGUAAAGAGUAAAAAACAAAACAAAAAAAACACUAUGUCUGAUGAAGUUUUUAGCACAACUUUGGCUUAUACAAAGAGUCCAAAAGUCACUAAAAGGACUACUUUCCAGGAUGAGCUAAUAAAAGCAAUUACAGCUCGCUCAGCCAGGCAAAGGAGUUCCGAAUACUCAGAUGACUUUGACAGUGAUGAGAUUGUUUCCUUAGGUGAUUUUUCUGACACCUCAGUAGAUGAAAAUUCAGAGAAGAAAAAAAUGAAUGAUUUCCAUUUAUCAGAUGAUGAAGAAAAGAAUUCUCCAAAACUGUCUUUUUUGAAAACCAAGAAAUCAAACAGUGACAUAAUGAAAGAUGAGUCAGUAUUCUCCACCAAAAAUGAUGAGGAAAUGGCACCUGAUGGUUGUGGAGACAUGGUUGGAACUCCCUUAUCUGAAUCUCAAAAUAAAGACCAGGAAAUUGAAAAAGACAAAAUUAAAAUGAAACCUAAACCCAGAAUUCUUCCAGUCAAAAGCACAUCUUCAGAAAGCAGCAGUGGCCUCGAAGCAAACCACCCCUUUAAGCCUUCACCUCGGCCCCGGGGCAUGUUGAAGAAACACAGCCCUGGGGACGUGAAAGAUGGGCUAGGAGAAGAUAAGACCACUGCCCUCCAUGAACAAUUGGAGGCACACUCUGCACCGCCCCCCCUUCCAAAGCUACUAGAAGCUGAGAAAAAAUCCUUCUCCGGAAACCUGGAUCCUGAGGAUCCAUGUCUGACAAGUUUAUCAUCAUCAUCCCUUAAAGAAAGUCUUGAAGAUUCCUUUUCACCAGGAUCUGGGGGUAAAGCAUCCAUAAAAGAUCAGAAUGAAGAACUCCCUGAAAACCAUAUGAAAUCAAAUGAAAAUGAAGAGAAUUCAUUUUUGAUAGACUUUGUUACUACUCCAAUUGAGAAAUCCCAGGAAAGUCACGUGAUUACUGAUGACCUUGAAGAAGAGAAGGAGAAAGCUGAACUGAUUAUGAAUGACUUAACAGUUGAUCCACCACUAUUGAAAUCUCAGAGUAUCUUAAUAUCUACUGACGCAACUGAAUCUUCAAAGAAAACCAUUGAAGACAGAAAUAUGAAGAAUAAAAAGUCAACCAAUAAUAGAGCAUCCAGUGCAUCUGGCAGGUUAAUGACCUCUGAGUUUUUAAAGAAACCUAGUUCUAUAAGGAGACCUCCAUCGACAACUACCUCUUCUCACUAUUUAGGGACUUUGAAAGUCUUGGACCAAAAGCCUUCACAGAAACAGAAUGUAGAACCUGAAAGAGCAGACAGCAUAAGGGCAGCUGUUUACCAGGAGUGGUUAGAAAAGAAAAAUGUGUAUUUACAUGAAAUGCACAGAAUUAAACGGAUCGAAAGUGAAAACUUAAGAAUCCAAAAUGAACAGAAAAGAGCUUCUAAGAGAGAAGAAGCGUUAGCAUCCUUUGAGGCCUGGAAGGCUAUGAAAGAAAAGGAAGCAAAGAAAAUAGCUGCCCAAAAAAGGCUUGAGGCAAAAAACAAGAAGAGAACGGAGGAAGAAAAUGCCGUGAGAAAGGGAGAAGCGCUGCAGGCCUUUGAACGAUGGAAGGAGAAAAAGGUGGAAUAUCUUAGAGAGAAAAAUAAGAAGGAGAGAGAAUAUGAAAGAGCAAAGAAGCGGAAAGAGGAGGAAACGAUUGCUGAGAAAAGGAAAGAUAACCUGACAGCCGUUGAGAAAUGGAAUGAAAAGAAGGAUGCUUUUUUCAAAGAAAAGGAGAAAGAGAAAAUAAAUGAGAAAAGAAGAGAAGAACUGAAAAGAGCAGAGAAAAAAGAUAAAGAUAAGCAAGCCAUUGAUGAAUAUGAAAAAUGGCUGGAAAAGAAAGAAAGGCAGGAAAGAAUUGAACGAAAACAAAAGAAGCGUCAUUCCUUUCUUGAAAAUGAGGCACUUCCUCCCUGGAGCCCUCCAAGCAGAACUGUGUUCUCAAAAGUGUUUUGAUGAUUCUCAUUUUUACAUUAUUUAGUUAUUUAUCAAUUCUCCAUUUUAGCCACUAUUUAUUCAAUUAGUUAUAGUUAGAAGAGUCUAUUUUAAUUAAGUGCCAGCCAUUUCCACUGACAAUGGGAAAGAUGCUUUGGUGUUUAAUCAGUGAAAUGAUUGAAAGCAUUUUUUUGGACUGUAGAUAAACUGCCUCAAAUGAGAAGGUAAAAAUCAGAUUGCUCUUACCAUUCUAAUGACUCUAUCAUGUCCUCACAGUCCUUACAAUCAGAUGAUCCAUGGUCACUUUCUCUAAGCUGUGCAUGGUAUUUAAGUGUGUUUAUUCCCCAGAAUGAAAAGGAAACCAUCUAGGUACUAUAAUCAUUGAAAUAAUUGAAUCUCUGAAUGAUUGUGCAUCUAGAUUCAGGUUUUAAAAGGAAUCGUUGCUGGCUGUGUGUGUGUGUGUGUGUGUGUGUGUGUAUUAUUCCCCCCCCAAAACUGAUCUUAAGCUCGAGCAGUUGCACUUAAAGUGUGCAAGUUAGAGUUUCAGUCAGUUGAGGCAGUAGUUCAGUAGAACUUGAAUCAUCAAGGCAUUUUAUUUAAAACGUUUGCCUUAUGUUUUAAUAUGAGUUUUAUCUGUCUCAGAUCUUAACGUGACAAUCGUAGGCACUUUAUAAUGACUAGACCUCUGAAAUUUGUCUUCUAAAUUCUAUCUCACUUUAUUAUUUCAGUGGUACCAAAAAAAAAAAAAAAUCAAUUUCUUGGUAGUGAAUAUACUUACACAGUAGUUAUGGAAAUUCCGUAAGAGCUCAAGGUCAUUAUCACUGUUAAUAAUUUUUUCCAGACUAAAGCCAUAAAGGUGAUAAAGGCAAUUUUUGAUCUCUUAGCUUAUCCCAGAGUCUUAAAGCUUAUAUUUAGAAGACAGCUGUAUAGGAAGACAAUUUGUAGAAAAUGCCCAAAGAAUCUUUAUUUAUUUAUCUGAUCACUGCAUAUCUUUAUAUUAGUUGGACUUGUACUUGAACUGCUCAGCUAGUUUAUCACAGACCAAAUGUAUGCUCUCAGAGCUGAAAUACUACUUUAGCCAAUGAUGCCAUGCAAUGAUGGAUGAGAAUAAAUAAUUACUAUUUAUUAAGCACCUAAUGUGUACCCUCUGCUGGAUCUUUACAAAUGUCAAUUCUUAUCUUUACAGCAGUUAUUCAGUGUAGGUGUUAUUUUGCAGAUAAAAAGUCCUGAGACUUGGAGAAAUACCUUGCCAUACAUUUAGCAUGUGACUGAAUUGGGAUUAGAAUUAAGUCUUUCUCCCUCCAGAAUCAAUAUGCUCAUUUUUAUGCUCUGUAUUAUAUCAACUUUACAAACACAUUUUACCUCUCAGAUCCUAAAAUCAUGUAUUGUUAUCCAGAGAUUAUCUUUCCUUUAAGAAAUAUCUGUUUGUUAUUAGAGGUGGUGAACUUUAUUAGAUCUAUGAAAUGAAAGAUGUUUCCAUAAUAUUUAAAGAUAUAGUCAAAUGCCUUACACCUACUGUUAGAAUGUCAGGAAAGCCAGCAGGUUGUGGAACAUAGCCUUUCAGAUAGUCACUCAGGAGGUUUCACUCAGAGGAUUAACCUCGGUGUGGUGUGUGUGCAAGAUAAGGAAGAUCUCAUGGAUCACUUUCUAUGAUCACAUUAGUGCUACAGAUAAAUUUGUUUUACAUUUAUAAACAAAACUAGAAGCCUUUUUAUACUGCCAGGAACUAGGAGCAUACUUCAUGAACUUGAAACUAUUAUUAUCAAUGUGUAUUAUCAGUAUGGGAUUUAGCUCCUUUCUUUUUCACCAAAUAUAUAUAUGGUGCCUACCAGAAUGAAUCGUUGUUUCUGGUAUCGAAUUAGCUAUUCAGAGCUAAAAAGGUAUUUGCAAAUUUCAGGAAAGUAAAAGACAGAAAGAUCAGGGAUAUGAAAUCAUAAAUGUAUGUGUCAUAAAUUUCAUAUUAAAUAUUUGCUUAAACUUCACAAUUAUUUUCUUCUUUAUUAUAUUUCGUAGCUUGCCAUUAUCGUUUCUUAGUUGUUGUGAACAUUGAAUGAAAUGAGUAAUUAAAGCAUAUGGCAUUGUUUACAUUUAUUGCCUAUCAAGAGCCCUGCAUUACCCCACUUCACGUAUGUGAGAAGAAAGUUAACAUAGGCAGGGUUCAUAAUGCUUAUUUGACAUACACUUUUAGCAUACAAGAAGAAAUCUCCCCUUUCCUGGCCAGUCUAGCACUCAAAGGAGAAUACAGAGGUGACCCGUAUUAGGGAGUUCCUAAAAAGAAGUCUAAAUACUAAUUUCUUAGCACUGCUUGUGAAGUAGGAUCAAAAGAGAAAUUGAGGUGUUCGCAAAGACCCAGCAAGUCGUUUCCCUCAAAACGGGAAGUUUGUCUUACUAUGAUAAAUAAUAUAUUAUUUCCAGUGUACAGCGACCCGUACUGGUCAGUUAUCUAGUUGAAUGAAAUCCUCUCUUCUCCUGCAGCAGAAAUAAAGCUGAGUUUUGGGAGCUGGGUGAAAGUCAAGUACUGUUUACUUUCUGAGAUCCGAAGAGGCGAAUCAAGCCUGGUAAUAUUCUCUUGAAUGUAUUUAUCUGUUUAAGGUGUAUGAGUUCCCCAUAUGUCCUUAAAAGUAUCAAAUAUCAAUAUACAUAUUUGCUCAUCAAGUUUUCAUUAAUUUAUAAUAAGAGGGAAUUCAAAUUCAAAUUAAGGACACUAAAAGCCUAUAGGUUUUCAGAUGAAACUUCUAGUUUUGUAAAUUGUAUUGAUCCCUUGAAUGCUAACGCUUCAAAGUAAAGAAAUUAAGAAUUUAAUGAAUAUUUUAAGACAUUGCUGAAAAGAGUUUCCCGAGAAAUUUACUUAUCGGUACAAAAAAUAAAAUUUUAGACACAAUGUAUUUUCCAUAGCAACCAAGAAAAUAGUGUUACAUAAAUAAAGAGAAACUAUAUGGCAUUUUGGAUCAGAAAGAAGAGGCAGUUUUCUUAAAGGAGAUAAAAAGUAUUCAGGGAUAACAAUUUUUCAGUGGUUUGUAUCAUAUCAUGUUUUGAAAAUGUUAGUGGUUCAUUUAUUGUUUUAAUAGUAUUGAAACCGAUAUUUUUCACUGUUGCCAAAGCAGUAGCUGAUAAUAGUUAAGUAUCCACAGUGGUAUUACCUUGGAGGGAUAAAACUGCAUCUGGAAGGGUUUUUAAUACUUUAAUAAAACUGGCCCAAACCCUAUUUCCAAGGUGAACAAGACUACUCUGACUCAUCCAAGCCCAUACCACUAACCAUAAGAAUCCCGAGUUAGAGAUCAGGUGUCCAGUUUUCUAGUGUAAUCAGCCCACCAUUCCACAAUUUUGACAAUCUGAUAAAACUUUUCACGCUAACUUUUGUAACCAUGGUCAUUUUCAACUUGGUUCAUUGUGAUCCUCUCAGAUGCUCCCUUAUUCUUCCAGUGCCUUCUCCAUUACUCCACCAGAUCAAGGCUCUUUGGGCACCUACACUACUACUUCGUGGGUCGGGGAGAACUGAAGUUUCUCAAGCCCUGAGUCACAGACGAAGAUACAAUGGAAAAAAGGAAUUUCACAAAAUGGGAGAAAUUGCAUGUUACUCAAAGUAGUUCCCAAGAAUAAACUAGCAGAGAAAACAAAUUUUCCUGAUGUCAUCUUGGCUCUAAUUUCAGUAGUGCUAUAUUAACAGGUAUUUAGACCCAUAUGCUUCCAUGCUACACAAAGCAAAGAUAUUAUCAAUUGCCCUGCUUCCUAGGUACAUUGCUUAACUGAAGACUUCCCUGAAUUCUUUUUGUUUCAAAAUUUUAUGUGAUUUGAUUAUUUUGAAACGUUACAUGUAACCGUAUAAUGUUAAAUAAAUUAUUGGUAUUAAAUCAGGAUGUUGUUUUAAGAAUUACUUGAGGAGAUGUAUUUAAUGUCUGCUUUUUAGUAGCAUACUUUGUGUUGUGCUAAAUUAAAGUUAACCAUUCAAGA